GACGAAGACUAUCAUACUUAUGGUGGUGUGUUACCAAGUCCACUACACCUACCCGGAGUGCAGCCGCAUCGCAGAUCAUAUAUGUCCGAGGUUAGCAUAAAUGAAAACGGAUCGAGUAUUGAGGAAACAAGAUUCACACCGAGGACCAGCAUCUACAUUGCGAAGGAUAUAUCUCUAUCAAAUUUACUUGAGGAGAUGAGACGUGGGUUAGGGGGCAUGGAAGAUGAUUAUAUGUAUGAUGGAGAGGAGGGGAUAGGAGGUGCCGGUUUUAUAGGCGGCAUGACUGUGGAGGAAAAAUUAGAACAAGUGAUGAGGGCUCUGGGGGUUGACGACCCGGAUAGGAUAUAA